GGCGCUUUUCCCGGUCAGGGAAAUUGUACUAGAUGGGAUUUUUCCAUCUCCGCCGACCGGAGGCCGAGUGGCAGCCGAAGUGGGUGGGAGAAAAGUGUGUCUAUGCGUCAAAAAGUUGGCCCAAAAGGGGAGAAGAAAGAAAGGAUUUGUCGUGGGAAAGGAAAUCGCAGGGCAGCAGCAAGAGGGCGAGUGUGUGCAUUUCUCCGGGACAAUCUGGCGGCCAGUCCGGGAGAGAUGCUGAUGUGAGUUUGUGUGGACUUUGUGGGCGAUGUUCAUGAUGAAAAUUCGGGGAAGAUGGUCCCAAUUUUCAUCACUCUUCUGCUGUUUGGUGUCUUUGACGAAGCAUAUCCCCAGUCGCUGACGACGCACUCCCUGAGGAAGACCCCGGCUGCCGCGGCGAAAGGGAAUGACCUGUGGUGCUACUCGUGCGAGACGAUGGAGGACGGCGAGAUGUGCACGGACGUGCAGUCGGGCAACCAUUCCAACAUGAUCCGCAAGUGCAAGGCGGAGGAGUUCUCGUGCAUGGUGAAGCGCUUCUCCUACACCAUCACCACGGAGAACUCCACCACGCCGCCCAGGAUGUGGUCGCUGCAGCGCCAGUGCUCCAGCAACUGCGAGCGCGGCUGCAUCGUGAUCGGCGAGCGGACCAAGCUGUACGCCUGCACGUCCUGCUGCGAGACGUCGCUGUGCAACACGGACGACGGCAGCGCCCCGCCGGGCUUCCACGUCACCGCCCAGGCCCUCCUCAUCGCCGCGGCCCUGGCGCUCCUGGCCACCGCCAACUCCCGGACACGCUGACGAGCAAUUCUGCGCGCACCCGAGCUCUUAGACAUUCGCAAUUGGAUAUCAAUCUCCGCAGUGGACAAAAAGGAAAAGAAACCAAACCAAUUAGACCGAUAGGAUAUAAUAAUAAAUUUUAAAUAUGACA